UAUAUAUCAUUUCCAUGUGUUCCAUAUAUCAUAUCAAAUUCCUCCUUUUGAUUCCUCUAGUUUAUUUCCUCAUUCAUCAUUAUCUAUAAGAUAGCGGGGGUUGAAAUGUACGAAGGACAUGGUCCGUGUGUAAGAGGGGAAGCUUUAAGUCAUGGGACGGUUCCCGAUCUCCAGCAUCUUUGGCUUCCAAAACGCAUUUCUACUGUUAACCCGUACAUCGUCAAGUAUUCUGUUGAUUCAAUUCGUGUUACGGACAGUCCUAACCUAAGGUUUGAAGAUGUGGGGUUUGAGUGGUUGAUCAUAAGCUUUUUAACGGCGACUCUUCACCGACUCAACCCCAAAACCCCAGUUCGUGUUCACCCACUGUCAUUGAUUUGCAGCGUGUUCCACCUGCUCUAGGGGACUGUUCCACAUACUUUGAGUAAAUAGUACCGCUGCCAUGGUAGCGGACAUCUGUGUGGGGCCAUACGAUUACAAGCUGAUCAUGGGCACCUGGAAUGUGGGUACACAAAUCAUGCACUUACGGAGGAAGAGAAAGGAGACUAAACCAUCCAGGCUCCUCCAUUUAGGGGAUCUGGUUCUAAGAGUGUUGCUCGAAGCUACGGGGCACAUGGAUAUAUGGGAUGCACUGAAUGAGAUCCUUACCUUCUCACUUGAGGAAGAUAGAUGGAGCACUCACAACCUCUCACAACACAUAUCAGACAGAGAUUUUCGAGCUUCAGGAGUAGGCAAGGGAAUAUAUCCUCCCCCACUACGACUGUUUAAGAAUGUUUUUCCAGUGCAGAUGCGCUCUAAUCAUAUUUAGCAAGCAUAGAUAGAGCUUGAGUCCAUUCGAAUCAGUUGCUAUGUUUGAUCACGUCCAUGGAGCUUUUCACCAUUUCCAGGUACGUGCGCAAUGUAGUCAUUGCAUGCUGUUCUGCUUCUUCUAGCAUUCCGAAACGAAUGUUAGCAAGAUCUGUUCUUUUUCCUGUGUUUUUUGGAAAGUUGAUUCAAGGAAACAAGAUCAUAGCAGCAACUUGGGUUGCUGUCUAGAGAGAGAGAUGAUGUUACGAAUUGAACUGACAAUUCAAGGUGCUCUGUAUUUGGACAACGGGGAAUCCGUAACCAUUCCAUCGCAUGUGAAGAGGUGAGUGUACAUGGUCGCAGCCUACUCUGGGAGGGAGUGUAACCUGCCUGCUUGCUGUGUCCCUGUAAGUGAGAUGCUUCUGGACUUUAGUCUUCGGUUUAAAACCUAAUCGGCACUCAAGCAAAUCCAGAUUUAACAUGAUAUUCGAAUGUACCGUUAUCCUGCAGCUAUGAUUCGGUGUAAACUUACAGAGAACCUUCGGAUGGACAAGUUGAGAUGAGGUUUCUUUGUUUGUCUUUCUUUCCAACUCUUGCAGAUUAGAUCUCCUUCGAGUGCUAAACUGACUCGAAUGUUUAAUGAGAAUUCAUAGAGCUAGUGCCUUUUUACGGUUCUAAAUCUGAGCAGAAUGAUAGGGCAGGUUGCUUCUGACGUAAAGUCAUUAGGUUCAGUUUGAGCCUUUCAUCAUUGUCAAUCAUGUGGGUUCAGUGUUGCAGCUGCGUGACUUUCAUGGUUGGAUAGUACCUUACGGAGCUUGCCAAACGAUUGGAGUGCUUCCGACGCACCGGAAUCAUUCAAAUCACCUACAGCCAUUUAUGUGCUGCAGAACAUUCUUCUUCAGUUUGUAAAAGAAAAUUUGGAUUUAUUCGCGGCUCUUUCGUUUAUUAAAUAUAUUUUAAAAUAUAUGACUGAGCCGGCUCAAAGCAGAAACACCCAUUUCACCCCAUUUUUAUUUUGUAGUCCUGUACUUGGGUAUCUAACCUGCACCACGUGGAGUCUGAUCA